AUGCCUCGUCACUCUCGUUCUGGCCUCGAGAUGCCUAGACGCUCGUUCUUCGCCGUCUUUGCUUUGAUUUCGUUCGUGCUGCUCGUCACCAUCAGUCUCUCCCAGCUAGGAACCCGACAAGGUGCCACCCUCAAGUUUGAACGCAAUGCCGACGGAGAGUGGCAUGCCAAACCCAAGACGCGUGCCGCGGCGGGCGACAAGUACCUCCUUGGUGUUGGCAAGGCUGACAUCACCGGCCCUGUCGUCGAGAUUGGCUUUGCAGGGUACGCUGAUCUGAGCCAGGUUGGAACCGGCUUGAGACAGCGGAUCUACAGCCGUGCUUUCAUUGUCGGGGAUGUGAGCAAGCCGAGCGAUCGCUUCGUCUAUCUUGUGCUAGAUACUCAGAGUGGUGACACGGCCGUUCGCAAGGGCAUCCUCGAGGGUGUUGCAGCUCUUGGUUCGGGAUACUCCGUGUAUAACAAGAACAACGUUGCCGUGACCGGUACUCAUAGCCACGCUGGCCCAGGAGCUUGGUUUAACUACCUCCUGCCGCAGGUCACCAGCUUGGGUUUCGACAAGCAGAGCUACCAGGCUAUUGUUGACGGUGCAGUUCUCUCCAUCAAGAGGGCACACGAGUCUCUACAAGAGGGAUACCUCGACGUCGGAACCACCGAAGUCACUGACGGCGCCAUUAACCGCAGCUUAUAUGCCUACCUCAACAACCCCGCGGCAGAGAGGGCCAAGUACAGCGCCACCACUGACACGACACUGACCCUCCUUCGCUUCCAGCGCGCCUCCGAUGGCAAGAACAUGGGUGUACUCACUUGGUACCCAACCCAUGGCACCUCGAUCCUCCAGAACAGCACGCACGUAGCGGGCGACAAUAAGGGUGUCGCGGCGUAUCUUCUCGAGAAGGACCUCGCGAGUGACGCGAGCGCCGCACCAGGCUUCGUAGCCGGCUUCAGCCAGGCGAAUGUGGGUGAUACCACGCCCAAUGUACUCGGCGCCUACUGCGAUGACGGUUCCGGCCAGCAGUGUAGUCUGGAGAACAGCACCUGUGCCGACGGCAAGAGCCAGUCGUGCCAUGGUAGAGGCCCCGCGUUCCAAAAGUUGGAUCUGGGUAUCUCGAGCUGCUACGAGAUUGGACGUCGUCAAUACGCCGGUGCCAAGUCUGUCUAUAAUGCUCUUGCUACGACUUCCACUCCUGUCACUGGCACCAGCGUCAAGUCCUUCCACUUCUUCCAAGACAUGUCGUACUUCAAAUUUCCCCUCGCAGACGGCACCAUCGGCCAAACCUGCCCUGCUGCGCUCGGCUACUCCUUCGCUGCGGGAACUUCGGACGGACCCGGCGCCUUCGACUUCACCCAGGCCGACUCUGGCACCCCCGAUGCCAACCCUCUCUGGGCAGUCGUCUCCGGUCUUCUCAGAACACCCAGCGCUGAGCAGGCUGCGUGUCAACAACCGAAGCCCGUGUUGCUAGACGUUGGUGAGAUGAGUACCCCGUAUGCUUGGAGCCCCAAUAUUGUAGACAUUCAGAUGCUUCGUGUUGGACAGCUGGUCAUCGUCGUUGCUCCCGGUGAGGCUACGACAAUGAGUGGGCGGAGAUGGAAGGCUGCUGUCAAGGAGGCUGCGAAGAGUAUUAUUCCUAAUGAUCCUGUUGUUGUCCUUGGUGGUCCCGCCAACACCUAUGCCCACUACAUCGCGACCCCCGAAGAGUACGCCAUCCAACGCUACGAGGGUGCGUCGACCCUCUUCGGACCCAAUACUCUUCCAGCCUACAUCAACCUUACCGUCUCCAACAUCGCCUACCUCUCCCCCUCUUCCACGUCCACACCCGCAGCGGGUCCUUCGCCUCCAGACAACCGAGCCAACUCCCUCUCCUUUAUUACUGGCGUUGUCGUAGACGGUGCGCCAGCAGGCCGCUCCUUCGGACAGGCCAUCGGACAACCGUCGGCGUCGUAUACUCGCGGUGCGGUAGUCAAUGCCACGUUCCAAGCCGCGAACCCGCGGAAUAACCUUAGGCUCGAGGGCACGUACGCCGCGGUCGAGCAGCUACAGAGCGGAAAAUGGGUGCAGAUCAGGACCGACGCGGAUUGGUUCCUUGUGUACACUUGGACGAGAACGAAUUUCUUGCUCGGGUAUAGCGAGGUUGUGAUUAGUUGGGAGACUGGGACGAGUGACGGGGCUGGCCCGGGGACGUAUCGCAUCAAGUAUUAUGGUGACUCGAAGCCGUUGAUUGGGAGCAUCUCGGCUUUCGAGGGGACGAGUGGAAAUUUCACCAGGCGGCCUAUCACCACUCAGCCUGCCUCCAGUUGGAACCACGAGGGCUCCUCAAGGAUAGCAUCCACCUCCCAGCCUGAUUGCAAGCGUGUUUCUGGUGAGUCCACUGCCAGUUUCAUUUCCGUCCAAAGUGGACUAAUGGCUGACCAGGUACUGGAGCAUUUCAAAUUCAAGCAGCCUAACAUGGAUUCCGAAGAGUCUGAAGGAUCUUGCUCCUCGAUAAACGGUAGCCUCUGUGACAUGUGCUGGGACUUUAUAGUGUUCGACGACAGCGACGACAAGUUCUACGAGGGCACGAACUGUAACGAUGAGCCUCCCCUGCGGCAUUCGGAAGCGCAGAGCGAUACAAUAUUCUUGAGGCCCACUUUUUAUUGGGAAGACACAAUACCCGACUUGCCCCUGAUGGCUGAAUCCGCUGCUGAUGGGUGCCGUAUGUGUGGUUUUCUUCGGGAAGAGCUCAUACGACAGAAAAUAUGUCACGUUGGCGACAUUCGUAUCGGUGCGGGAUAUCUGUUUGGAGGACAGGGAUAUGAGCUCGAGAUCAUCGACACAGAUCCUGGCUUGGCCUUCUGGAGAUGCGUUGUCUACGCGGUCAAAAGAACGACCAACAAUCUUGACAAGGUACACCGAAUUGCAAAUCUUUAUUUUGACAUCGAGUCUAGCGACCGUGAUUUGCUCCAAUGGCUGAGGGUGUAUGCGAAGCCCGCCCCCGGACCAUUGGACCCGGCCAGCGUUGAAUGGCUCCAGUUACAGCUCCGAGAGUGCGACGAUUUGUGUGACCAUGGAAAGCCAGAUACGCCAUUCUUACCCACCAGACUGAUACAUGUCGGUCAGAACGAGGAUGACGCACCUCGACUUGUCAUCGUUGAAAACAUGCUCGAAUCUGAUAUGAUCGAUGCUCUCGACUAUGCGACACUGAGCUAUUGCUGGGGAUCCAAAGAAGAUGCUCUCAAGCAGACCAAAACCACAGAAGAAACCAUCUUGACCCACUGUCAAGGGAUACCUCUUGACUCCUUAAGUCCCGUCGUACGGGACACCAUCAAGGUCUGCAGGGCGCUCGGUAUAUUCUACCUCUGGGUUGACGCUUUGUGUAUCAUUCAAGAAGACAAUGUAGACUGGGACCGAGAGAGUCAAAUGGUGGGACAGAUCUACCAUUCUUGUUAUGUGACUAUUUGCCCUCUCUCUUCACAGUCUUGUCUUGAAGGCUAUCUCGGACCACGACCGCAGGGUCUUGAAGUUGAAUUUCAAUCAUCACGCCAUGAACAUAUCAGAGGUACCUACAGACUUAUUCUUUCAUCGACAAACAUCGACGCAGACAUAUUGGAGGAGUUGGUAAGCAAAACACCAGUAGUUCAUAAAGAUCUUGAGCGAUCCGCUUGGGAUCGAAGGGGCUGGACCUUUCAAGAGAGUAUUCUUUCACCCCGCAUGAUCCUGUUUGGGCCCAACAUGGGCCAUUUUAUCUGCGAAAUCCAAUUAACGUCCGAGAACGGAUACAUCGACUUUAAUAGGAUCUAUGGUGAACUACAAGUCAUGAUAAGGAGAGCUUUUGGAAAGCUUUCCAAGCAGCCGGAGCGCUCAGCGACUACCAAGAUGGGUGUGUACGGCAAUUGGCGUGCUGUUCACGAGGUCUCGAAAAGAGCCUGGACAUAUCCCGAGGACAUACUCCCCGGACUUGCCGGUAUCGCUCAGGCAUUCGCAACACUUACGGGCGACACAUAUCUGGCAGGCUUGUGGAAAGACGAUCUACAUAUCCAGCUGCUUUGGUACAUUCCACGACCACCAGCGGGUGAAUUAGCCUCAGUUGUGCACAGCUUGCAGCACACAGAUCCGUACAUCGCGCCAUCAUGGAGCUGGGCUUCACAAACAGCGUACCAGGAGGAGUUGACGGAAAGAGAAAUUAUUACAGAGGGAAUCGAGGUGGAAAAAGGAAAUUGGUCACGCUUUGAAUCUUUCAAGUCAAUGCCUUGUCAUAACAGGCUCGACUUUGCGUUGGUAGACUACCACAUGGAUCUCCGAGGUAGCAAUCGCUUUGGGGCGCUUACUGGAGGCUUCCUUCGAUUGAAAGGUAGAAUAUGCCCGUUUCCCUCAGACGUCAGAAGGGAGCUGAAGCCCCACAGUGACUGCCGCCCAUUGUACGGUCAGUUUUCAGGCGGCGUUGGAACUUGCAUGCUCGAUUGGAACGUCAACGAAACCUCGGUACAAGCGCCGAAGAGUAUGCGAUUAUUAUUGGUAUCGAGCUGCUGCUCGGCAACAGUGAGCUGGAAAAACCUGAAGCAUAGGGCGAAUUGUGACGACGAAGACUUUGACGAUUGGGUGCCGAGUGAUGCGGAAGUUGGCGGCAUGUCAUUUCCGGACGGUAACGAGACCAUUGAGACAUGCCGAUACUGUGCGAAUCCGACGCACAAGCGUACUGGAUAUGGCCUUGUGAUUCAUCCUGCGGAAGAGCCUGGAUCCUAUGUGAGGGUUGGAGUCUUUGUGAUGUUUGCACAUAAAGGGGGCAUGGAUCUCUUCAAGGAUGAGGCGGAGGAGAUAAAACUCAUCCAGUUUGACUCCUAUCUUUAUAUACUUUCGAACAUGCUGUCAAGAUAUCCUUCAGACUGGUAG